CUGUAAAUGCGCUCAGCUAUUGAGGAUGGGGAAAACCAGGCUAUGUUAAAGCACGAAAGAAGAAGCACGUGUGAUUCUUGUAGGGGCAUCUCUGCUCAUGUAGCGUGACCUCUCUUGGGUAUAUUGCUCUCUUGGCUCUUCCUGGAAGCGGGAUGAUUUGCUUCGGGGGAAAGAGCACUGGAAACUGCUAGGCAAUCUGAAGACCACAGUGGAAGGGUUGGUGUCCACCAGCAACCCAAAUGUCUGGUCUAAGUAUGGCGGCUUGGAACGGCUCUGCAGAGACAUGCACAGCAUCCUUUACCAUGGGCUCAUCCAUGACAAGGUGUGUUGCAGACAGAAGGAUUACUGGCAGUUUGUGAAAGACAUUCGCUGGCUGAGUCCCAGCUCUGCUCAUCACGUGGAAAAGUUCAUCAGCCUGCAUGAGAACGGCCAGCCCAACACAGACGGCCUAAGCGAUCAAGCUGUUGCGAAGCUGUGGCUGCAACACAGCCUGCAGUUCCACUGCCUCUCGGCACAGCUGAAACCCCUCCUGGGCAACAGGCAGUACAUAAGAAAAUUCUAUGCAGAUACUGCCUUCCUGCUCAGUGACGCCCACGUCACGGCCAUGUUACAGUGCCUGGAGGCUGUGGAACAGAACAACCCCAGGCUCCUGGCUCAGAUCGACACAUCCAUGCUGGCCGGCACGUCACUGCCAUCCGUGUGUGCGUCAGGUCCCUCUGCUGGGACAAGAGAGACACGCGACCGCGACGCUGGAGGACAUGAGAGCCGUCUGCCUGGGGCACUAGGCUGCCUGGAUCAUUGCACUGAGAGCCUGUUUACGAGGAAGAGUGAAGAUCCGUCUCCAGUGACAAAGAGUCAGAGCCUGACUACGCUCCCUGGAUCUCUGCAUAUCGCAUCUGCACACUGCACACAACAGCGUUACUUUGGAUCCUUCUCUGGCCUGCACCACCCAGCCUCUUCUGGCCUCUCAGACAGGAGACCAGCGAGCUCCUCUGUCUGCUCCACUACCAGCCAGCCUCAGGAACCCUGCUCAUCCACCAGGUCCUCCUCCUUCAGUGCGGGCAGGUCCCCUCUGGAGCAGCCCAACUCUGUCACCCGCUGCCACAUUCCCUCACCCAAAGACUCCUUCUCUCCAGCCAGUGAGAUGAGUUCCAGCACCACGAGCCAGAGCGAGGACACUUGGAUGGGGAGUCAGGAUGAUCCGCAGAGUGAUGCUAACGAUGGGCCGGAGUACCUGGCCAUUGGGAACUUGGGGCGUCGGGGCCGGGCCUGCAGCAGCGCCAGCAGCAACAGUACCAACAGCAACAAGAGCAGCAGCUCCAACCUGUUCUCCUCCAGCAGCUCCCAGAAGCUGGACUCGGUCUCCUCCUUGGGAGAGCAGGGAGCGAGUGGUGGAGGUGGAAGCAGGGGCAUGAGCCUGCUACGCCGGUCCAGCUUCUCGGAGGGACAGACCUCAGCUCCACAGAGCAUCCUGAAGAAGAGCCACAUGCGCUCGCACUCUGAUACCAAUGUGGCUUCGGGGAAGUUACAUGGAGGCCUCAGGGAUAUCACCAUUAUAAUAGAAGAUCCAGUGGCAGAGUCCCAUGGUGACACAGGUGGAGGAAGAGGGCCCAUAUCUGGUUCCACCCAGAGCAGUGAAGUAAGCACACCCAGCUCCCUCUACAUGGAGUAUGACUCUGGCCAGUACCUGAGCUCGGGGGAAGGGAUGUUCAGAAGACCUUCAGAAGGGCAGUCCCUCAUCAGCUAUCUCUCUGAACAGGACUUUGGCAGCUGUGCAGACCUGGAGAAGGAGAAUGCCCACUUCAGUAUCUCAGAGUCACUGAUUGCUGCCAUUGAGCUGAUGAAAUGCAACAUGAUGAGCCGGCAGCUGGAGGAGGAGGAGGAAGACAGCGACAAGGAGAUCCAGGAGCUUAAACAAAAGAUUCGCAUUCGGCGCCAGCAGAUCCGCACCAAGCACCUGUUCCCUACCUGCCAGAUGGGCUCAGACAGCCUUGUGGCGACAGACAGCGGGUCCCAGUUCAGCUCCCAUGGCUCCAUGCGCCUGUCUGAUUCGGGCUCUGCAGAGGAUGUGGAAGAGUAUGAGAUCCAAGAUGGUAACGAUGGAUCUAACCUGAUUCAAAUGUCCAAGAACGGCCUCUCAGUGUCAAUGGCUUCCUUGUUCUCAGAUGCAGAUAUCAAGAGGAACCCAGCCUCCAGCAGGAAGUCCUUUCUCUCUUCGGAGUCCAUAUCCCACUCCUUCCUCAAUUCGAAUUCGGCAGAGGCUGUGGCCAUGGGUCUGCUGAAACAGUUUGAAGGCAUGCAACUUCCAGCUGCCUCUGAACUGGAAUGGCUGGUCCCGGAGCACGAUGCCCCCCAGAAGCUCCUGCCCAUUCCCGACUCUCUGCCCAUCUCUCCCGAUGAUGGAGAACAUGCCGACAUCUACAAGCUGAGGAUUCGUGUGCGUGGAAACCUGGAAUGGGCUCCGCCGCGACCACAGAUCAUCUUCAACAUUCACCCAGCCCCAACGAGGAAGGUGGCUGUGGCCAAGCAGAAUUACAGGUGUGCUGGCUGUGGCAUCCGGACUGAUCCUGACUACAUCAAGCGACUGCGAUACUGUGAGUACCUGGGGAAAUAUUUCUGCCAGUGCUGCCACGAGAAUGCCCAAGCAGUCAUCCCCAGCCGCAUCCUGCGCAAGUGGGACUUCAGCAAGUAUUACGUGAGCAACUUCUCCAAAGACCUACUGAGCAAGAUCUGGAGCGACCCACUCUUCAACGUGCAGGAUAUCAAUGCUGCCCUGUACCGGAAGGUGAAGUCUCUCAACCAAGUGUGGCUGCUGCGAAUCCAGCUCUUCCACAUGAAGAACAUGUUUAAGACCUGCCGACUGGCUAAAGACCUCCUAGACUCCUUCGAUGCGGUACCUGGCCAUUUGACAGAGGAUUUGCAUCUGUACUCCCUGAGCGACCUCAGCGCAACGAAGAAGGGAGACUUGGUGCCUCGCCUGACGGAGCUCCUGAAGGCAGGCAGCCUACACGUUCAGAAGUGCAUGCUGUGCCAAGCCAAAGGCUUCAUCUGUGAGUUCUGCCAAAACGAGGAUGAUAUCAUCUUCCCCUUUGAGCUCAACAAGUGCAGGACGUGUGAAGAGUGCAAAGCCUGCUACCACAAGUCCUGCUUCAAGUCCUCCCAAUGCCCCCGCUGUGAGCGACUCCAAGCCCGGAGAGAGCUGCUGGCCAAGCAGAGCAUGGAGUCCUACGUCUCCGACUAUGAAGAUGAGCUGGAGCAGCAGGAGGCGGUGGCGGCCACGUGAGCAUGUCGCAGUGGAGGAGCAGAUAGUGGGUUUAAUUAUGCCUGUGGCCUUCGUCACCAGAGACUGAGCAGACUCUGAGCCAAAUGGACUCGCGAUAAGGAGAACCAGUGGGAGGGCUGGCUUGCUGAGUGCCUGCAGCCCUGUCUCAAAGGGAUCCAUUUUCUCCUAUGCAGCAGUGCUGAGCUGGGGAAGGGGGAUCUUCCAUCUUCCAUCUUGGUCUACUCAAGGUACCAAUUGCACCCGCCGAUGCCUUUGUUUGGGGAAAGGCAGCUGCUCCUGUCUGUCCCGCAGGCAGAACACGGGCCUUUACCAAGCAGUUGCUAGUGUGCCUCUCUGCACCCUUCCCCUUUGGGUGCUGCUGGGCUAGGCAGGGUUGUGCCGCUAGUCCCCGUGCCCUCGUCCCCAGGCACAGCCUCCAGUGGGGUCGGCACUUUCUGCUCAUCAGCUGGAUGCUAAAAGCUCUGGCCGUGUCUCCUCCCUGGAGGGGGAAUCGGCUCUCUGACUUCUUCCAUCCUGUGCCCUGCUGCUGGUGUGUGUCCCACCAUGGGACAUGUAUGUGGAAGGGGGUUGGGUUUUGGUGGUGACUGUGGAUUUAACAGCUUCCUUCUUCAGAUCUGGCUUGGGAGUGGGCAGGGGGCCUUUACCUGCCAGAGACCAAUUGCUGUCACUGCAGGCAGAUUCGCGUGGCAGGAGAGUGCAGUAAGUGAAGCAAGGGGGGAUCCUUGCCCAAGCGAGCUGUGUGGUGAUGGGAUCCAGCGCCCAGCUGCUCUGCACAUCCCUUCCUUCUCUCACUGCUGGUCUGUCCUCCUGGGAGAUCACGUCCUUCUGUAAGGGUGACGUGUGACCUCACCCCUGGCAGUGGCAGGAGGACCUGCCUGGCAUGCAGGGAUCUGGUGCCUGGGAUUGGCUGGGAUGCGUGCAAAGUUUGUUUUUCAGCCCUCUGGUCGCCUCCUCCCAGGCUCUGUCUGAAUUUGUUCUUUUAGGUUGUUUCUUUUUAAUUUACUGGAUUUGGUUUUAAUUUUUUAAUUCGGCUGUUUGUCUUUUUAACUGCUUGUUCCACUGGGAGGUGGUGCUUGGAAGGCUUCCAUAGAGGGCAUGCGAUCUGCUUGGGCCUCUCACUGAUAUAAAAACCUGCAGAGCUUUUCUACUCCCUGCAGCUUGUCCCUGAGCAGGACUGGAGUUGCCAGGGGUCCCCUCUCCCCACAGGUAUCCUGCUUCCUGUGGGGAAGGGGUCCCUGACCCAGGCAGAGCCUUGAGGCUUCCUGGCUCCAGUGCAGCAGGGUGACCGGGCUGCCUGCCUACAAUGGGAGCACACUUGGGAGAAGGGUUUGGGAAUGGGAUGUUGAAAGUCGAUCCCUCACCGACACAGAGCUGGUCUGCCAUGACCAGCGGCUCUGGGUGUUCAGACCCUGCAGCACACAGUGAGCGCUGCACUGUGGGCCAAGGGGUCUCUUUAGGAGGUGUCUCUGCAUCACAGGGGGGGAUGCUUAGUCUCAUGGCAUGGGAGGGAAGAAGAAUGCAGGCAGGUGUCCAGCACAACCUUAGCACCUGGUCUGCCUGUUGUGUUUUGAGGAAGAACAGUUUGGCGCGUGUACGUGCGAGAAGGGUGCUGAGGGACAGGGGGGCAAUACACUGGCAGAAGGCAUGUAUGGGCAAUAGCUCUUGCAGCACAUGCCCUUGCUCAAGGCUUGGAUGUGGUCUCCUGUGGGCUGCCCCUGCUGAGUGAUGGCAGAAUUGUAGGGGAGAGGCUGGGAUGCAGAGAGCUGGCUGCCAGGCUCAGUAAGGGAGAGCAGGUGGAAGGCGAAGCCUGCCUGAGCGAGAGGUGCGUGGAGGAGCAGACAUCCCAAGCCUCGCUAGAGGGGGACAGGCUGUUUCACAGCAGCAUCUCUGCCAUGCUGCCUUGCUGGAGCUUGUGGAGCCCUAGUGUGAUGGAGCAGGCCGAGAUCUUGCAGGGACACAGCCAUGUGGGCCCAGGUGAGUGGUAGCAGCUCUCCAGGGUGGGAUGUUAGCAGCUGUAGUGGAGACUAUUCUGUGUCAUAACUCAUGGGUGCAGCCUAUUCCUGGGGGAAAUUGCACCAAAAGCUGCAGCUCUGGCACGGGCCUCUUUCUUUGAGGAAGUCACCCCUAGCUCUGCCCUUGCGUCUUAACCGAAGGGAAGGGAGGCUGGCUGCUCCGAAGCGUUCUGGCAAAGCCAGGCUUGGCUAAAUAGCAGCUCCAGUGGGCCUAGCAUGUGAAAGGCAGUUUAGUUCCCCACCUCCUCGCCUGUUUUUUUGCCUCUUUCUGCCUCUGUCUUACUUGUUCUCCCCAGGGGAGUAGCUGUUCUUUUGCUCAUUCUGUUUCAGCCAGUGGGCGUUCACCAGCCAGAACGCUGCAAGCCCUGGGGCUGCCAGCAGCUGGUCCCACCUUGCCAAUCGAGAGCAAUGCCUCCGUUCUUGCCUGCUCGCUCUCUGAGCUGACCCCACAUGCUGCCAUCCAGCUCAGCAAAGAUUUGUGACAGCCUCCCUGCCUCCCAAAUAUGUGUGAGCCAGUAUUCCCCCCCGCUCCUAGGAGCUGGCUCAGAGCAAUGCAACUUCAGCCGCGCUGUUUUGUUUGAAGCACUUUAAUGUCGUGGGACACUGGCCGAGACACUGCCCACGGCUGUUUCUAAAAGCACUGAGUAUGUUUAGAAAAGUGAAUGGAUUUUGGUUUAUUUGUAUUUUCCACCCUCCACUCUGGGCUCUGUCUGGAAGCACCAGGGACCGCCAACACUGGUGGAGGUCUCCAGCGCAGGGUUAUGCACAACACUAACACUGCUGCUUUUCCCAUGGCAGCACAGCACUGACUGAUAGGAGUAACACUGGAAAUCGUCAAGGUGCGUGAGCUCUUCAUAAGUAGAGAACAAGGGGCGGCCCUGGCACUUGAGUGGAGCCCUCCCCACUGGACUAUUGCACAGCAUAGCAACGAAAAUGCCGUCCCUAAUAAACUAAGUUAAUAAGUAAGAGGCCUGUCUGUGUUGUGGCAGAUCACUUUGGGUGGAACGAACUGUUGGCAUCCCCUCCUGGGGGUCAAUGCUACAGUGCUUGUUGGCUGUGUGGUAGGAAGGGAGGAGGGAGCAGGAUGGGGUAGCUGAUGACAACAGCAGGCUGUAAGGG